GUGAAGGUGGGCGUUUUGCCUGCUCCGGCUUCCUUUAGAUUCUGCCUGCUGGAUUAGCAGGCAGGGAAACAGCCCCGCGGCGGGGGUCGGGACACAGGCAUCAUAACAAACGCACGUGCGCCCUGCCCUGGGAAGCCCGCGCUCGGCGGGCAGGAGGAGCCGCCCUGCGGAAUCCAUCCUUUGUCCUAAGCCGCGGGCAGGGAGCGGCUUGGGGGCGUCACUAGCAGAAGAAGGACGACAGAGACGUUUAAAAGGCAGGGUAGAGCCAACUGUGCAGCGCACUGCAGCAGAGCAGCAGUGAAGUCAUGGAUCCCAGCAGAAAGGAAUCGGCCUCCUGAGCCUGCCUGCGCCCUAGAGCUGGUCUCUGCCCCAGCGCUGAGAUGUUUUUUGAUUAUCCCGAGAAAAAUGAGCCUUGGCCACCAGACCUAAUUGAGCAAACAUCUCUCCCAUGGAGAGUAGUGCUGGUUCCUGAGAGCCUGGCGGGCCUGCAGCCCCAGGAGAACUAGCCCAAAGCAGGCUUGUUUUCCUGCUCAGAACAGAGUGGUUUCCUUGAAUGCAUCUUUCAUUAUGAUUCACAUCAACCUGAAGAAAAAAUUCAGCUGCUGUGUGCUGGCCUUUCUCCUGUUUGCUGUCAUCUGUGUGUGGAAGGAGAAAAAGAAAGGAAGCUACUAUGAUUCCCUUAAAUUGCAGACCAAGGAAUUCCAGGUACUGAGGGGCCUGGAGAAGCUGGCCAUGGGGUCUGGUUCCCAGUCUGCAUCUUCAAGCAGCACCCAGGCCCCUCACAGAGGCACCCAGGCCUUCAGCAGUCCCAGAGGCCCAGCCAAGGCCAAACCAGAGGCCUCUUUCCAGGUAUGGAACAAGGACAGCUCUUCCAAAAACCUUAUCCCCCGGCUGCAGAAGAUCUGGAAGAAUUAUCUGAACAUGAACAAGUACAAAGUGUCCUACAAGGGGCCGGGGCCAGGUGUCAGGUUCAGCGCAGAGGACCUGUACUGCCACCUCCGGGACCACGUGAACGUAUCCAUGGUAGAGGCCACAGAUUUUCCCUUCAACACCUCUGAAUGGGAGGGUUACCUGCCCAAGGAGAACAUUAGGACCAAGGCUGGGCCAUGGGGCAGGUGUGCUGUCGUCUCAUCAGCAGGAGCUCUGAAGUCCUCCCAGCUGGGCCGAGAAAUAGAUGAUCAUGACGCAGUCCUGAGGUUUAAUGGGGCGCCCACAGCCAACUUCCAGCAAGAUGUGGGCACAAAAACCACCAUUCGUCUGAUGAACUCUCAGUUGGUCACCACAGAAGUACGCUUCCUCAAAGACAGUUUGUACAAUGAAGGAAUCCUAAUUGUGUGGGACCCGUCUGUUUACCAUUCAGACAUCCCAAAGUGGUACCAGAAUCCUGACUACAGUUUUUUUGCCAACUACAAGAGCUAUCGUAAGCUGCAUCCUGGUCAGCCCUUUUAUAUUCUCAAGCCCCAGAUGCCUUGGGAGCUGUGGGAUAUCAUUCAGAAAAUCUCCCCAGAGAAGAUUCAGCCAAACCCACCAUCCUCUGGGAUGCUUGGCAUCAUCGUCAUGAUGACGCUGUGUGACCAGGUGGAUAUUUACGAGUUCCUCCCUUCCAAGCGCAAGACUGACGUGUGCUACUACUACCAGAAGUUCUUUGACAGUGCCUGCACGAUGGGCGCCUACCACCCACUCCUCUUUGAGAAGAAUCUGGUGAAGCACCUCAACCAGGGUACAGAUGAGGAAAUCUACCUGCUAGGAAAAGCCACGCUAUCUGGAUUCCGGAAGCUUCGCUGCUGAGCAGGGGCUCCAGCCAGGUCCCCUCACCCUUCUUCACUGAGCAUAUUACAGCCUGUCUCUUGGCCACAGGCCUGAGAAGACCAUGUUCCUAAACUGUCAGAGCCUGUGCUCUAGGCCUGUCAUCAAGAGCCAGAGGGCUUCAGGAACCUGAGGGCAAAAACCAGGUGCAGCCUGCCCUGUGGCCACAGAGGUGUGAGAGCCCAAAGCCCCCCACCACUUAACAUUCUUUGUAGACAAAGUUCUUCCUUCCUUCCACACAGGUAAAUGCAAAAUCCAUCUUGCCACCAGGGCUACCAAAGCUGGGCUGUUUUCCCCACCUGAAUGAUGUGAUUCUUGGAAACCAGCACUCUGUGUUGCUUGAAAUCUCUGCCUAGGCAUUGAUUUCGUGUCUCAAAGUUCUCCCAAAUUAUGAUUAUGCUCAGAAUAGGGCGACUCUGGAGGGCAAAGUUGCUCCCGAGGCCCAUGUGCCUGGGAGAGGCAGUGUUCCUAUCACUCCGGCUGGUUUGGCUGGUCCUUAGCCUGGGUGCUUAUGGACAACGUCUCUUGAUGAACUCAUAAACCCUCUCCAGAUGGAGAUGAGAGGCACAGAAAGGCACAGGGCCCCGAAGUUGCUCCCAGUUCAGUGGGAGAGAUGGCCAGGUAGGAUUCAGUGAGCUCAGUGCACUUGUAGAGAGGUGAGCUUCCAGUGCUGCCUGCACACGCAGUAGGGCCACCCACUGGCCGUGUUUGUGGGUCACCCAGGGCUUCACAGAGCUGGGGCCAUGGAGUGGAUUUUAGAGGAAGAGGAGAAACAUGUCAGGCAGAUUUUGUCUGAGUCAUUUGUGUUUUCCCUUUUGCUUUUAUUGCCCAUAUUUAUUCUCUAAGGUCUGCCUGAGGCUCAAAUUAUUUUUUGAGGAAAACCUCUACCCAUGUCUGAGGCAGCAAGUGCAGCCCCAUUGCAGACACCAGGCCAGCCACAUUCCAAAACACUGAUUUCUCUAAGCUCAGCCUGGUCUGACCCUAUGCUACCAGCUGGAUUUACACCCUGUAUCCACCUCUUCCUUGUGAAUGCCCAUCCCAAACUUCUUCUAACUGCCAUCUUGUUUUCUCCCUUUAAAGUAGUCUUCUCCCUCCCAAAUUACUUUUAAUCAUUCUCUACUGUAAACAUUUCCUGACUUGAUUCUUUGACCUUCAUAGGCCUUCUGUGAAAGUUCUUUCAGGGAGUGGGGUGUGGUUGCCUAGAACUUAAGUCACUUUCAGAGGUCAGAACCUUAGGGAUCAUAACUGACUCUCACAGGUGUAUCCAAUUGCCACGCCCUCCACCCGGUCCAGCAAGAUAACAAUGUCAGAGUCUCCAGGAAGAGGCCCUCCCACUGGGGUCUGCAAACGUGCUUCCCAGAUAGUUUUGCUAAUCCCCUCCCCCUGCUAGAGAACCACACCCAACUGGUCCAGCUCCUGAUGUCGAGAAGGUAAAGAAAUUGCUUAGGAUUGCAAAGUCAUGCUGUAGAGCUCGGUUUUCUAGACUCAGGCUCCUGGAUGCCUGAAGCUGGCCUCAUGCGCUCAAGAGCCUCUGGUGUGGAGCUCCCAACCAGCCCCCUGGGAGCUGGAGUGCUCAUUUACUGUCAAACCAUUGGCUUAUAUAGGCAAUGCUGGAGUGAGAAGCCCUGGGUUUUUUAAUUGAUGCUUCCCUAUUUACUAGCUAUGCCACUGUGGCACUUUCUCCUCUCUGAGCCUCUAUUUCCACGACUGCAAAUGGGGGUGAUGAGCCUACCUCAUAGGGCUAUCGUAAGGCAUUCAUGAAACACCUGUCCCGGCUCUGUCUGGCACAAAGCAAGGGCUCAAUACACAGUGAUUUCCUUCCUUCCUUAAUCAAGGACCUGCUCUGUGCUCACAGCUGGGCAGGAAGGACCCUGCUUUGCUGGAGGCUAGAGAGUGGAUCCUGUCCUCAGGGAAUUAGCUGUUCUAUUGGGAGACAACAGCUAUCCUGCUUGCAACACCCAGGAGACCAUGCGAGGCAAUGGAAGGUACAGACUGUGUUCCUCCACCUCCUCCCUUUCUGCAGCCCAGGCCUGAUUCUGCUCGGGAAUGGGCAGGGCACUUGGGCCGCUUACUGCUGUGUGGAAUGAAUCUUUUCACCUCUCUGGACCUGUGAAUUCUUGGCUUGCUUUAUGCUCUGAUUUGACACUCUCACUGCAAUCUUCGAAUCAUGAACACUGAGUGCAGAGGAAGGUGGCAUUCCGUCAGCGGGAGAUAGAUGUGGGUGCAGACUGAGAUGACACACUGGGUAGAUGCUAGAUUUUAAUUGUUAUUAUUAAUAUAAGGGAUCAAAUUAAUUUAAGUGUGAUUCUGAGUUCUACAGAACUUUUAAUGCUGUGCUCUCUCCAUACGGAAACUCAAGUAAAAUGCACAUAAAGUAGGGAUAUUAUUAGUCUGGUGAGAUGUUUGUUGUCUGUGACAAAUAAUUUAAAAAUUAUGACUGCUUCAGGAAAGCUCCUGUCUUUAAGGGUUCUAUCUUCCUCACCAGCCAUCUAUUCCUCCUAUAUUGUGAGGUCCUCUAAUCCUUCCACCAAUCAAAUCAGCUGUUGAUAUUCGUUUGGAGUUGAGAUACCAAUCUCAGAAACUUCUGAAACACACCUAAGCUAAUUCCAAAUUACCCAAAGAUUAUGUAAAAUUUUAAAAUAAAUGCGUUUUUUAAAAA